AUGGCUGCGUCGGCGAAAUACCUCACUGGUGACGGUGCUGGUAUCAAAGACUUUCUCGACAAGUUUGAUACAUUCUUAUUCGAUUGCGAUGGUGUAUUGUGGUCUGGAGACCAUGUCUUUGAAGGAGUCCCGGAAACGCUACUGCUCUUGCGGUCAAAAGGAAAGAGAAUCGUCUUUGUGACGAACAACUCUACCAAAUCACGACAAGACUACGUCAAGAAGCUUGCCGGCAUGGGCAUCGUGGCCGGCCCCGACGACGUCUUUGGCUCCUCCUACUCUGCCGCCGUCUACAUCUCGCGCAUCCUCAAGCUGCCGCCCGGCAAGAACAAGGUCUAUGUCAUCGGCGAGGCCGGCGUGGAGCAGGAGCUCGCCUCGGAGGGCAUACCCUUCAUCGGCGCCACCGACGCCCGCUUCCGGCGCGACAUCACCCCCGAGGACUUUGCCGGGCUCGCCGACGGCUCGCUGCUGGACCCCGAGGUCGGCGCCGUGCUGUGCGGCCUCGACUUCCACAUCAACUACCUCAAGCUCGCGCACGGCCUGCACUACAUCCGCCGCGGCGCGCGCUUCCUCGCCACCAACCUCGACUCGACGCUGCCCAUGCACCACGACAUCUUCCUCGGCGCAGGCUCCUGCAGCGUGCCGCUGGCUAACGCCGUCGGCGAGCAGCCGCUCGCGCUCGGAAAGCCCAGCCAGGCCAUGAUGGACGCCAUCGAGGGCAAGUUCCUGCUCGACCGCGCGCGCACUUGCAUGGUCGGCGACAGGCUCAACACUGACAUCAAGUUCGGCAUCGAGGGCAAGCUGGGCGGCACGCUCCACGUGCUGACGGGCGUCAACUCCAAGGCAGACUGGGAGGCCAAGGAUGCCAUAGCCGUGCCUGCGUUUUACGCGGACAAGCUGAGCGAUCUGCGAGACUGCGCAUAA